CCCCCCCCCCCCCAAAAAAUUUUUUGGGGGGAUCCCUCCCCCUCCCCCACCCCCUCAUUUUAUUCCCGGAUUUUUUUGGGAUUUUUUUGGGAUUUUUUUGGGGGGAAAAAAUUUCGGGAAGAUCCGGCCGAGAUGCCGCCGCCCCCUCUGCUCUUCCUCCUCCUCCUCCUCCUCCUCGUCUCCUCCUCCCGCGGCGCCGUCCACGUCAACCUCACCGAAGGCUGCCAGAUCAUCCACCCGCCGCGGGACGGGGGGAUCCGGUACCGGGGGCUGACGCCGGACGAGGUUCGGAGCGUUCGGUUCCUGCCCUUCGACUACGAGAUCGAGUACGUGUGCCGGCCCGAGCGCGAGAUCGUGGGGCCCAAGGUGCGCAAGUGCCAGCGCGACGGCACCUGGACGGCCAUGGGCCACCCCAGCCGCUGCCGUGAGUGUCACCGGGGCGUCACCGGGGUGUCCCUUUGUCACCGUCGCGGUGUUGUCGCCGUUUUGUUGGUGUUUUCCGUCCCGUAAAUGUUCUUGUUGCAUCAAUGUCAAUGUUCCCCUUGAUA